UUGAGGAGGUAACAAAAAUGUCCAAAUCCAAAGAUGUAGCAAAGAGUUACCAGCAUGCGUCGCUUUUUCAAAGAGAGGAAGGAAAAAAACUGAUCGACGAUGUACAGAUUCAUCGCGGACAAGUUAUCCUAGAUUUGGGCUGCGGCACUGGAGAAUUGUCUGCGUAUCUUUCCGAGCUCGUAGGACAAGAUGGAAGAGUCGUUGCCGUUGAUCCCGACAGUUAUCGAGUAGAAGUGGCGCGAGAAUCACAUAGGGAAGUCAAAAAUCUCACAUUUCAAGAAGGAAGCUCUGCCAGCUUCCCAGGAAUGGGCUCGGAGACUUACGACAUCGUCUUCUCCAACUUUGUGUUGCACUGGAUUGAAGAUAAAGAAGAGGCAUUCAAGAACAUGUUUCGGAGCCUGAAACCAGCAGGGAAAAUUGUCCUGACUUACGGCGAUCGCUUAGCUUCCAUCUUCCAUAAAAUUUAUCGUGAACUUCAAAACUCAGAAAGCAUGGAACGUAUGCUAAGCAAAGUCUAUUGCGAGAGAAGGUCAAAAGUUGAGGGCAUGUGUUCGGCUGCGAGAUUCGAGAUCGUGAAAAGCUUCGACGUCAAGAUGAAAGAUUUUGAGUUCGAAAAUGUUGAAAGUAUGUGCUCAUUUAUCGCAGCAACUCAUCAAGGCAGGUUUGUUUCAGAGCUAGCCACGAGAGAUAAGGUAUCGAGGUUUUGUGCUCAGUACACAAGCGGGGAAAACUCUAAACCGUUGACGUUAUAUGCUGAUGAAGGAGAUUAUUACUCCGUAUUGAUUGCAGCCAAACCAUAAAGAAAGCGUCGACCUUUUAGAUUGUAAUUGAAAUUGCAAUUAGAGAAGGUUGUUUAAGUAUUUGGGUUCCAUUCGAAUCCGGAACUUGUCGUUUUUAACCUUAAAGUUUGUAGUUUCAUAACGCUAAGCAGAUUGCGUGUCAAUAAUAAAGAAUUUUUGUCUCGGAUGGAACCGCUUUGUAUCGUUAAGAAUCGGUUCAAGUAGUAAGCUUUGAUUUUGCUUUCCCUGAAAACAACUGAUGCGAUCUCGGUGGCAUUUGUGAUUUAGUAACUUAAACGUUUUCCUCUGUUAACCUAGUUCAUAUUUGUGUCAUAUUUGUGUUAACCUAGUUCAUAUCUGUCACAGAGUGUUAAUUAGGUCAUGUUGUGGUGUAGGUUAUGGUUGACUGCGCAAAAUGUCAGAGUACUUUUCAACAACUGCGCAGGCGGGUAACGCAGGGUUAUUAUGGUCAGAUAAAAUGUUGGUUUGUUUAGCAGGCUUCAUAGUAAGGGAAGGGCGUGUUAAUUUUAAUUUCCUAAGGGGGUAGGGAAGGGAGGUUAUUUGCGAAAUAACAGAAAUGACUAUGUCAAUAAAGGCAGCAUAUUUUGUA